GCGCCUAGUUUCGCAUAGUUUCAGCAGCCCUCCCUGUCUUAACUUUGCAGACAGAGCAGGUGGCAGCAGUUGUCAUGGAGAUAACUGCGGGCCUGGCGUCGGUUCCAGGGGUUGUUUCCAUGGAGAUCCCGCCCCGAGGUGCGCUGGCAGCGGUGGAGGAGGACGAGGACCGCGAGCAGUCGGGCACCGAAGAGCGGUUUCAGCAUCCCGGCCAUCUCCGCCGGCGCGGCCCGACCUCCAGCCAGGGAAACUUUUACAUGCUCAUCGUGAUCGGAGAGAUCGCGACAGAGCAUCAGCUGCACGCCGCCAGACAGCACAUAGAGCGCGGUAUCCGUUCCUGGGACAUCAAUGUGUCAGAAUGUGACCUGGACCAACAACUACAGCUUUUCAUAACCAGACAUUCCGCCCAGUUCUCAGCCGAGGUCAGAGGACAAAGGACUCUGCACCACAAAAGUGAUGUUCUUGAGACUGUUGUAUUAGUAAACCCGUCAGAAGAUACUGUUAUCUCUGAGAUCCAUUGUCUUGUAUCUGACCCAGCUGUGCAUAAACUACUGGUCCUGAGUGGGCAGAGCUCUGACCAAGGUGACCUGGUUCUCCAAACUGGAGUGUUCAGUCAUCAAACCUUCUCACGUGUGUUUUCUGACUCUGGGGUCAGUAAUUUACUGGCUAAAUCCAGCUCUGGACAGCAGGGAUCACUGACUGUGUCUUGUCGUGGUGAGGCAGGCUGGAGCUCUCUGGGGCAACAGCAACACAUUAGGGAGUUGCUGAAUUAUAGGCUGAAUCCAGAGCCCAUACUCCCUAAGAUGGAGGGGGUCACUGAGUUUACUGAAUAUAUAUCUGAGACUGUGGAUGUACCAUCCCCAUUUGACCUUCUUGAGCCUCCAACCUCUGGAGGAUUCCUAAAGCUCUCAAAGCCCUGCUGCUACAUCUUUCCUGGUGGACGGGGGGACUCUGCACUUUUUGCUGUCAAUGGUUUUAACAUUCUGAUUGACGGUGGCUCUGACAGAAGGUCAUGCUUCUGGAAGCUUGUCAGACAUUUAGAUCGUAUUGAUUCUAUCCUUCUUACACAUAUUGGUGCUGAUAAUCUUCCUGGGAUCAAUGGACUCCUUCAAAGGAAGGUUGCAGAGCAGGAGGAAGAGCAGUCUCAAGGCUCAACCACCUACAGUGACUGGAUGAAAAACCUGAUAUCGCCAGAGCUCGGAGUCAUGUUCUUCAAUGUACCUGAGAAGCUUCGCACAUCAGAAUCAAAUUUGAAAGUUAAGCGAAGUAUUGAGGAAGCCUCUCUUACAUUGCAAUACCUCAGCAAGCUGGGAAUUAAGCCUGAGCCUCUUUUUCGAGUGGUUAGUAAUACCAUUGAGCCCAUUACUCUUUUUCACAAGAUGGGUGUGGGCAGGUUAGACAUGUUUGUCCUGAACCCUGUGAAGGACAGUAAGGAAAUGCAGUUCCUCAUGCAGAAGUGGGCAGGUAACAGCAAGGCCAAGACAGGGAUAGUGCUUCCCAAUGGAAAAGAGGGAGAAAUAUCUGUACCGUAUUUGACAUCUAUUGCAGCUCUCGUCGUAUGGCUUCCUGCCAACCCUUCAGAGAAAAUCGUAAGGGUUUUAUUCCCUGGAAAUGCACCUCAGAACAAAAUCCUUGAAGGGCUUGAAAAGUUGAAGCACCUUGAUUUCUUGAGGUAUCCAGUAGCCACACAAAAAGACAUAAAUUCUGGCGUUUCACCUUCAGCUGUAAAACAAACAAAGCUAAAGCAAAGAACUGACAGCAAAGAAAGUCUCAAAUCAUCUCCCAAGACUCACGCACCAGCUAAGCCUUCUAAGAAAGAAACCGAUGAGCAUGAGGAUGCAUCCAUAGUCGAAACAAAGAGUGACUCUGUCAAAGAAAACAAGAUUGAGAAAAAAGAAGAAAAGAAGCACACCAAGCCAUUGAAACCGAAAACAGAAGUGACUGAAAAGAAAAAGUUAUUGAAGGAGAAAUCACUGAAAAAACACCCAAAGGAAAGGGUGUCCAAAAUGGAUGAAAAGAAAGACAAAGAAAAGAGGGAAGUUAAGAAAGAAAAACGUGAAAUUAAAAAAGACGAUGCUGUGAAAAAAGAUGAGAAAAAGUUUAAAGCCAAGGACACAUCAAAACUCGAACUUAGGAAAAUAACUAAACCUGACCUGAAACCUUUCACUCCAGAGGUCAAGAAGACCCUCCACAAGGCCAAAACCCAAGGUAAACCCAAAACAAUAAAGAGCAAACCUACAACUGCCAAGGUAGAGUGUGCAGAGAUUGCUGCAGAACCAGUGGCUGAGAAAAUCAAACUUGAGGAACAGGAGAAUGGGUCAGGAGAAGCCAUAAUUUCUCCAUCUAUUCCCGAAGAUUUAACAAAAGACUUUGAUGAAAUAAGACCCACUGAAGCAACAGAUCAGUCUGAAGCCCCUAAAAGUGCCCUUACUGUCUCUGGAUUGCCAGCUGAAAGAGAUGAUGAAACCUCAAAUGCCGCAGAGGAACACGAACAAGAUCAUGUUACAGAAACUGAUAUUGUGGAACAGAAAACUACAGAAAAAGAAGUAGCGCUAUCAGCAGAAAUCAAAGAAGUGCCAUCAGCAGAAGUGAAAGAUCAACAGGAUGAGCCCCAAACAUCAGAAUUAGAGAAAUUUGAGGAUGAGGGUGCUGCAAUUGAAGAUGAAGAUGAUGAGGAGGUUGAGAUACAGCCUGUUAAGAAGACAGAGGAAGAGGAGGAGGAAGACAUGGGAAUAGGAGAUGAAGAAGAUGAAGGGGGAGCAAAGGAAACCAAAGACUUGGAGGGAGUGGACAGAAAACAUGAAGUUGAGGAAAUGGAGAAGCAAAAACAAGCAGAGGAAAGAAAGAUUGAAGUUGAAGAGGAGCAGCUUGAAGAAGAGGAUGUGAUUGAAAAAGCUGAGUUAGAGGAAGCAGAGGAUUUGGAUGCCAUUGCAGAUGAAGAAAUAAAAGAUCUCUCUGCUGAGAAAAUCAAGGAAGAAGAGGAUGCAUACUUGUCAAAUGUUGGAGGUGUCACAGCUGGCAUUACCUCUACAGCCCAAGGAGCUGCUGCAGCAGAAAACUUAUCAUACAUUCAGGAUGAAACCAUACCAGGUUACUCUGAGACUGAGCAGACCAUCUCAGAUGAGGAGAUCCAUGAAGAAGCAGAGGACAGGAUACCACACCUUCAGUAUGAGGUUGGUAGCUAUGAUGUCUCUGUCCCAGACCAACCAGGCUCCUUUGAUGCCAUCCAUGGAAUGAGAGAAAUGCAAGCAGCUGCAGUGGGAAAUGGAACAGGCAAAGUAGUGAUGGGUGCACAUGAGCCAGCUAUUUCUAUCUACACCAGCAUACUCGCAGCUCCAUUAGCUGAAGAGGAACAUGUUUCUUCAGCAACAUCCAUAACAGAGUAUGACAAACUGUCUUCUUUACCCACUUCCGUUGCAGAAGAUCAGUCAGUGGCAUCAGUCACAGCACCUCAGACUGAAGACACUGGAAAAAGCUCCCUGGUCUUGGACACCGUUCAACCGGUUUCUCAGACUGAGGCCACCCAAGGAAAAGAUCACCUACAUUCUGCUGGAACCAUCUCACCAACAUCCUCCUUAGAGGAAGACAAGUGCUUCAAAUCAUCUCCCUCUGAGGAAUCUCCUCCACUUCCCUUAGAAGGCAAAACCGAGGGAAUUGAGAUGGCUGCCCAUUACGAUGAUGAAGAGGAGGAUGAAUAUGAAGAUCAAACACCAAAUGUUGACAUCUCACUUGGAAAGUUACAAGAAGGAUAUGCCUCACCUGAUAAACUUGAACACAAGGAGAAAGAAAUGGACAAACCCAAAAGUCUUGUGCCUUUAGUUCCUGAUACUUCAUCUGAUGAAAAAUCCUUACCUCCUGAGAUAGAGAAUGCAUCUGUAUCACCUCCUAGGGGGGAUUCAUCUUUCGAAGUACAAACAAUACCCUCUUCCCCAUCGCACAGUGUUUCUAAGCUUCCUGUUUCUGAAGCUAGUGUUUUUCCAGAGGUGGAAGACCGGUGCAUUAGUCCUGAUGACAGCACUGUGAAAAUGGCUUCUCCAACACAUUCUGGACCACCUAGUGCAUCUCACUCUCCCUUCAGAAUGUCACCUGUGGAAAGGAAAGAUAAAAUGCUCCUUAAAGAGACCCAUCAAGAACCAGGAGUGCCACUUAGCACUACUGAAAUUGAAUUUGAAAAGGAGAGUGGGAAACAAAAACCUGACAUUUUAGAUGAGAAGGAAAUACCUCAAGCAGAGGACGAAGAAAAGAAGAUAAUCCAGGAAGCAACCUCUGCACCAUCUCCACUUGCUGAUGACUUCUUAGCUAAGAAAGAAAGUAUAUCAAUUCUACCAUCAAAAGAAAUUAGUGAUACAAAGGUAAUGCCUGAUCCAAGUGUUGAAAAGAAGGGCGAAGUUGAAGAGGACUUAAAAGAGAGCAGUAAGGCUGUAAUCCUUGAGGAUAAAGAUAGCAAGUUAUCUGAUGAUCAUGACGUUGAAGAAACUUGUGAUUUAAAAUCAUCUACAGACAAAGAAGAGAAAAGAGAAAAGAAAGAAAAGGAGGGUGAGAGAGAUGAUGCUGAAGAGAAGCAUAUGGAGAAAGACCGAUUAUUAAAGUAUGCAGAGGUUACAGAUAAAGGUGAUGUAAUAUCAGAACCUGAAAGAGCAUUGCCCUCUAAAGAGGAUUUUGAUAAGAAAAAUGCAAAUGUAGAAGAGUUUCAAGACAAGAGUUCUCCAGCUGUUCUGGAAAGGUCGGAGACCGAGAAACAGGAGAAACAAGAAAUUCAGUCAGAGAAAGACAAAAUUUCGUCUAAAUUGGUAAAGGAAUCCAAUGAGAAAGAUCUGACUGAUACAUCUUGUCAGAUUUUAGAAAGCCCAGACAUCAAAGCAGAAACAUUGACAUCUCAUACAGAGACACAGGACACUGUAGAGACAGAUAUGACAACUAAACCGGAAAAGACCUCUGAGCAGAAAUCAGAGUCAGCUGAUAUUAUACCUGAACAGGUGGCUUCGGUGGAAACUGAUUCAUCCAUCUGUAUAGCCCAGUUUAAGGAAGACACAGAUGGCCUCAAAUCUCAAAUACAACAGUUAAGUGAAAAAACAGAUGUUACCUUAAUAGAUGAAGAAAAGGUGGAAAGUAAAAGUGAGGCUGAGCUGACAUAUGAUAUUUCAGCUGCCAAAGAACAUGAAGAAUCUAACGAUAAAAAUGUAGAGGUAGUAAAAACUGUUACACAAGAGCAAAUUUCCCUCUCAAAACCAGAUGUUCCAUCUACAGAGAUGCAUGCAGAGGUGUCCAUUAUAAAGAAAGAUAUGUCUGCUAAAGAUGAACAAGAAUCUGAAAGGAAGUCAGUGCAAGAGAUGGAACCUCAUAUAUUAGGGGCAACUCCAGGUGAGACUGAAAUUACUAGUAAACAAGAUGAAGACUUGAAGGAGAAACUAUUGGAAGAAACUCAAACCACACAACAUUUAGUAAAAGCAGAUGUAUCAUCCAAAGAAGAGCCUCAAAUUUCACAUUCCGUCAUUUCACAGGACACAGAUGAUGUGCAGCAAACUAGCCAAGAUAUGGAAAAAACUGUAGAAGACACUAAAUCCAAAACACAAAUAUCUAUUUCAGACAAAAUGGAUUCCUCACUAGUAUCAGACCAAGAAUCUAGAGAUGAAGCAGCAGAAUUGAUCCAAGGUCAAGUCUCGCUGUCUGAAUCUGAGAAAUUAGAUUUGUCUGCUAAAGAUGAUCAGGACCACAAAAACAAAGAGGUUGUGAAGCUAACUAGCAAACCAGAUGAAGAAUCUACAGAAUGUCAGACUUAUGAAAAAACAGAUAAGCAUACUAUCUCUAAAUCUGAUUUUGAAUCUGAAGUGAAGAGUGAAUCCCAGGCAAUAAGAGAACCAGAGAACGAAGUUUUGCAAGCUAAAGAGGAUGAAAUAAGCAAAGGCAUAUUUUUCAAAUCUGAACAACCAGUUGAGUUUGAAGACAUAUCCUCAAUACCAUAUGAAUCAAAAGAGUAUGCAGAACAUACUCAACUUCAGAUAUCUACAGAUCAAUCACCAUCUGACAGUACAGAUAUGGCUGCUAAGAAGGACCAACAGUAUGAAGAAAAACACACAGAAGAGACUGUAACUGAAGUACCUCAAACAAGUAUGGCAAAAGAUGCACCAUCAGACACAAAACAAAAACUUGAGACCAUAUCUGUGGGAGACGAAAAGACAGAACAGAUUACAUCAGAAUUAAAAUCUGUGGUUUCAAAAUCAGAACACGAUACUGUAGACCUUCCCAUUGUAGAAGAUAAAACAAUUGAUUCAAAAGUUAGCAAAGAGUCUGAGGAGCAAUUAAUGAAAGAAGAUGCAUCAAAAUUGGUGUCAGAUGACACUAAAAUGGACUUGGGAACUAAACGGAAAUCUCUGGAUAAAUCUUCAGAACAAAUUUUUGAGACCUUAGAUCGGAGCUGUGAAGAAAAUUUGAAAUUGAAAGAUGAACCUAAAGAAGAUAUUAAACAAGACACAUCAUUACAUGAAACGGAUACCUUUCUAUCAUCAGACAUUGGAUGCAAAUUAAAUUUAGAUUAUAAAGAAAAAUGCAUUGAAGAAACCUCAACUGUAGACAAAACAAAAGACAUCAAGUCAACCUUUGAAACUACGUUUCCAACCAAAUUUUCAGAUGAAGAUGAAAGUACCGAGGAGGAUGAAGGAGAUGCUGUUUGUAUGGGAGGUGCUGGUUCAAGACCAUUAUCAGUGGAACCAUGGAAGUCAGAGGAACCAAAGGUAAGCAGUUCUGCACAACCACCUGAGACAAGUAUGAAAAAAGAGGAAAUUGUGGCCCAUUUAGAAGAGAAAGAGUUGACCAGAGAUUCAAGUGGCACAUCAACUGAACCACUGAAGGUGGAUACCACAUCACUUACACCUCCUGCAGAUACAAGUAAAAAAACUGUCUCUGAGACUCUAACUGAGAGCAAACCAAUGAGUAUCACACUGCCUAGCUUCGAAAAUCAAGGCAGUGUUGAGGAUAGCCAACAUCAAACAUUGAUCUCUGCAAAGGAAGCCGCAAAACUCGAGAAGGAGGCUGAGAGGGAAAGGGAAGGAGAACGAGAGGCUGCCUCUCCAGGGUUAGAGUCACAUUCUGAUUUUCAAAAGACUGACAGUGCUGAUGAGAAAUGUGCUGAAAAGGCUGAUAGUGAGAAAAUGAAAUCUGAUGACAAAAUGAUGUAUGAAGUGGAAAAAGAAAGCUAUGAAGCUUCUAAAUAUGAGCCUUAUGAAAAGCCCAUUUCAAAAGACACUGAGAGAGAAAAAGAGGAAGAAGACCAGUACCCUAGUCUGGAUAGAGAUUUAGAUGAACACAGAAAAAGUCUGGCCUCUUUGCUUGGAGCUACUUGUUCAGUAGAGGAACAAAGUGAUGAUGAGCCAGUGUCUUUCAGCAAGGUUGAUUACCAGACUUCAAGUAUUCACAGCAGCCACAGUGCCUACUCAGAGCAAGACAAUAAGGAGCGAUACCAAGAGGAAGAAUUGGUUAGAGAAGAGAGACCAGAUCUUUUUGUUGACAGUAGUUUUACAACUGACAGCAAAACCAUGUCUGCUGCAGGUUCAAGCUUGUUUGCCUCUAGUGAUUUGCAAGACAAAUCAGAGAAAUUGGAGAGAGAAGAGAAGGAGAAGGAGAAAGAGGUCACACAUUUUCUUCCUCAAGAAAAAGAUGAUGAAAGUCAUGUUAAAUUGUCAGAUAAAGAACCAUGUACAUCUGCUUCCUGCUUUUCAAAACCUGAUACGCAAGAGAAAGACCAUAAAACAGAAGAAACAUUGGCAAUGUCUCAUUCAGAGGACUUGGACAAGACCAAAACCCAUGAGACUGAAGCUUCCACUCCACAAGGCUCUCUCGCAUCAUCACAAGAUCAAAGUCUCCAGAGUCUAACAACUUCAUCAACAUCUGCCUAUGAUGAGAACAAAAUGGAGAGUCCAAUAUCAAGUCAAGGUAACAAAGAUAAAAACAAACUGGAUUCAGCUGAAAGCAAAGAUGACCCGUUUUCUUCUGGUCGGUACUCACCACCUGAGAAGGACAUGCUGCCUGCCAGGUUAUUGGCUGAAGAUCCCAGCACCGCCACUCCUGGUUCUUCGGGGCAGUCUGUGAAAGUUGAUGACAAUGUUCUUGCACUCGAGUGCACUGGCAAAACAGAUUCUCUUUCCAGCAAGACAUUGAUUGUCAGUGCAGAGACAGAGGAAUGUUUGGUCAGAAGCCAAAAAAUAUUUGCAGAAGAAGAGGAUGACUAUGAGGAUGAGGAAGAGGAAGAGGAAAAUGCAAGUGACUUGGAUGUUGAAAAGGGUGCCAGAGAGAUGUCUGAGAAAGAGUCCAAAGCAGCAUUUGAUACCACGACUACAUCUAAACCACUCGAAACAAAACAAGAAGACACCACUGGUUCUAUAGCUUUUGGAGCAACUGCAAAAGUUCUACAGACAGACAUGGUCAGUGACUCAUACACAGAAAAAAGGUCACUCACAACAGAGACAUCAUCAGUACAUGAAGAGCACCAUGAUGUAAUCAGCAAGGAGGGUGAACAGUCCAAGAAAGAAGAUACCACUGGUUCUAUAGCUUUUGGAGCAACUGCAAAAGUUCUACAGACAGACAUGGUCAGUGACUCAUACACAGAAAAAAGGUCACUCACAACAGAGACAUCAUCAGUACAUGAAGAGCACCAUGAUGUAAUCAGCAAGGAGGGUGAACAGUCCAAGAAAGAAGAUACCACUGGUUCUAUAGCUUUUGGAGCAACUGCAAAAGUUCUACAGACAGACAUGGUCAGUGACUCAUACACAGAAAAAAGGUCACUCACAAUAGAGACAUCAUCAGUACAUGAAGAGCACCAUGAUGUAAUCAGCAAGGAGGGUGAACAGUCCAAGAAAGAAGAUACUAGUUCAAUCCAAUCUGAGAUACCUAAAUCCAGUGAUGACAAACAUGAACCACAGAAAACUUCUGAUAAAAAGCCUGAAGUGUCUGAAUCCAUAGCUGUUGCUCAAGCGGCCAUGUCUGAUACAACUUACUCAUCAUCUUCAUCCUUUAGUUACUCUUCUUCAACCUCUGCCUCAUAUUCAACUGGUCAACAUCUUGGAGAAGGGCUAGAACCACCGAUUAAUAUUCCUAGUGUCCAGCUAAGGUCAGAUGGAGACAGUAUAUCAUUUGAGUACUCAUCCCUGAAAGAGGAAGAAUCACCCAUUAUGGAUUUACCAUGUUUAAAAAAAGAUGAAUACAUGGAAGUCUCUGAUCGAAUGACACCUGCUACAACAACAGCUGAGUCAAUAUCCAGUCUUGCCAGGUUUUCUCCUCUCAGUCCCCUGGAGGAAUCCAAAUCAUUUCUUCAAGAUCAAACAUCAUCGGCAGAGGAAAAGUCAGAGGAGGAUAUGUCAAGCAUUAAAUCUGACAGGGAUCUAGUCUCUGAUCCUAAACAUGUAGCAGAACCACAUUCUUCAAAACUGCCAGAAUCAGCAACUUCUGCAGCUCACCCAACUGAGGUGGCAUCUUCUACAUCCCUCAAGUUUGACAUUGUACCUCUGGAGAAGGCUGACUCUGCAGACAAACACUCACAAGAAAAAUCCUCUGACGAUGAGCCUGAGGACAACAAAAGCAAUUUUGAGGAAGGAACCUUGCCAUGCAGAAUUGAGUGUGAAAGAUCUUCAGCUACUGAAAAAUUAAGCACAGCGUCUUUACCAGAGCAACAUACUGAUGUAAAACCCUCAACCACAACAAUACAUUCAUUUGAUCUGCACACCACAGAUGGACCAACAGAAAUGACAAGUUCUCAGAAGGUGCCAGUCACAGCUUGUGGGACUCUCAGUACUAGCACACUAAGUGAACAAUGUAUGAAGCAAGAAGGGGCAGAAAAGUCUGAGGAAAGUAAAGACUUGGCUGAGAAAGUACAGGAGAGGGUUGAAAUUAAAGAAUCACAAGCAAGCAAGAUGGAAUAUGAAGAGAAGAGUAAGACAGAUGAGAAAGAGGAAGUAAAACAUAAAGCAAUAGAGGAAGAACAGAUACAACCUGAAAAGGAGGUUGAAGUGAGGUCAGAAAAGAUGGGAGAGAUCCUAGAUUGUUGCAAGAAGUCAGAGCAAAAGAGUGAAAGUGAAGGUAAAACUGAAGAGUCAAAAGUAAAGAAAGAGGUAGAACAAACUGAAAUGUUUGUAGAAAAGGAAUGUAAGGAAAAAAAUGAAGAGAAUAAAGAGCUAACAGUAGAAAAGAUGAUGGAAAAAGACAGCAAAAAAACACAUACUGUUGAGUCUAGCCAGCAUAGUACCCUUGCGUCCACAGAGCAGCAUGAAGAUGUUGUAUGUCUAAAGGCUCCACCUGGCUAUGGGGAAGAUGUUUAUGAAGGUAUAGAUAAGGAAGAGGGGGAUGAAGAGGAGAAAGUGAAGUAUGAUUCAAAAGAACGUCCACCAACUCCUCCAUCAGGAGCACAGGCUUGUUACCCUGAGGUCUCCAAGAAGUCAGAUGAAGGAUUCACUCGACCCACUGAUCUUGGAAUGGAGGCCACAUCCUCCCAUUCACCUUCACUUUUUAAACACCGUAAAGGAGAUAUCUCACCGUCCUUUAUUAAUCCAAGCCCACAGGAGCUAUCAAGUGAGGAGGGAGAGGAAGAUGCCAGAAGCGAUCAUUCAAGAGAUGACGAGCGUGAGCAACACUCUGUCAAAAGGAGAUCCCACAAGCAGCAGCAUUGUCAUCCCCACAGUCGCCAUGAGGAUGGCAAAGAGGGAUCGCACAGCAUCCCGAGCAGUACGGCAACAGGGCACGGCAUUAUGCUAGCAGGGGAGGAAACUCCUCCUACAUCUUUGAGCGAGUCACUCCCAUCUCAGUCUGACUCAGAUGUUCCUCCAGAGACUGAAGAAUGUCCAUCAAUUACAGCAGAAGGAAACCUUGACUCUGAUGAAGAUGCAGAACAUCUACCAGUGGACAAAAUGUCUGCAGCUGGCAGCAGCGGAGGAAGCCAUCAUUCCUCCUCCCCGAGGAGUCACGAUCCCCCUCCCAUCCCAGUGAAAGACCCUCUUCCUCACCCACCACACCCUGAUGUGUGCAUGGUGGACCCAGCCCUUCUUAAUGGCCAGACCCACACAGAACGACCAGUGAAGAAAGACCUUAAAACAAAUAGAGGCUUGAGGAAGACACUAGGAAAAUCUGCAUCGCCAUCACGUAAAGGAGAUGCAAAAGGCAGGAGAUCUACUACCCCUGUGAAGCAGACAUCCAAAGACUCCUCACCUCAUGCUAUUAAAAGAAAAGAUUCAGAGAAGACUUUUCGCUUGUCCAAAAUGUCUGAGACACAGGGAUCCAGGGGAGACAUCUACAACCCAGGAAGAGGAUUGGUCAAUGGCGUUAAGAGUAAUGCAGGCUCCAACCUGAAAUCCAGCACUGGGACACCACCUGGACCACCCAUCUAUGUCGACCUAGCUUACAUUCCCAACCACUGCAGUGCUAAAAAUGUUGAUCAAGAGUUCUUCAAGCGAGUGCGAGCAGCAUACUACGUCGUCAGUGGAAAUGAUCCAGGCAGUGGUGAACCCAGCCGUGCAGUUCUAGAUGCACUCCUAGAAGGGAAAGCGCAAUGGGGCACUAAUCUCCAGGUCACUUUAAUCCCUACACACGACACAGAGGUAACUCGGGACUGGUAUCAGCAGACCCAUGAGAAACAGCAGGACCUGAAUAUAAUGGUCUUGGCCAGCAGCAGCACAGUGGUCAUGCAAGAUGAAUCUUUCCCUGCCUGCAAAAUAGAAUUUUGAAUUCUUUUUCUUUUGAAAUUACCAUUCAUUCCUCAUUCAUUUCUAAUAUUUUAGGUUUAGAGUUACUCCACCCACAGCCUUCCAUCUGCUGCCAUUUAUAGUUUAUAUUCUAAUCCACAAAAAUGCAACAAAAUCCUAGUGCUGUCAAAGGACUUAAUUGUAAGCUUUGGUCCUGAAUCUAUUGUACAUUUUUGAUUGCAUCUGCAAAGCUUUGGCAGAAAACUGAAUGUUCACUAGCUAGCUGCUAUGAAAUAGUAAUAUAAUGUUCAACGUAGGCUGAAGUUAAAUUGCAAAUUGAGUUUACUCAUAUUCUUUAACAUGACUUAAAGAGACCAAAAUUUUGUCCUGCCUAUAAUUCGAAUUCGAAGCACAAAAAAUGCCCUCUGUAAAUUGGUUAAUGCAUCAUCUGAUUCAUCCGCAUCCUUUAUCAUCAAUCUUAGCACACGUACCACAUAUAGACACAGUUGCCUGGUAAAAAUACUCUAAACUUAAGGUCACAUGGCCUUAGAGCAAAUAAGAGAACAGAGUCAAAACAGUUCUGUCUUGUGAACUACUAUUACAAUGAGGCUAGACAGUCUCCCCAUGAGAUCACAUACCAGCAUAUAUAAAUAAAUAAAUAAAUGCGCUCUAAAUUGCUAAUCCAAAGAGGAUUUGUGCCAAAUCUCAAUUAUUUCAAAUGGCAUAAAAAAAAAAAAAAUCAAUCAUAAUCCAAGAUUUAUGUCCUUUAGUUGACAAGAGAUUAAUCAUUCUUUCCAAUGCAAUCCAAUAGUUUUAUCUCAAUAAAGUGAUGGUAGUGAAGACUGUACAUGUAUAUACAUGCUUUUAAGAGUAAGGCAAAGUAGAUGGCAUCUUUACAAACUACCAACUCACUGAUAUGACAGAUUUUGGUUGAAUAGGCUCUGAUAUGAAAAUGUGACGAAAGGUUAUAGAAAGUAUAACAGUAGUUUUAAUUUGGUAUUGCAGUUACUUUCCUAAAGCAUGAUGCUCUUCAGACUAAACUUUGUAGGUACAUUAACCUAGUGAUCUGUUUGGGGGAUCUGUUGGGGUCCACUCUUCAAAAAGUGACUAAUAAUGAGCAGCUUUGCAUCCCAUCUGUCCAUUAUUUGAGUAGACCACCAUUAGAGACAGAUGGAAAUUGUGUUUUAUUGCCAAUUACAUUAUGUUCUGUUGCUUGAGUGAUUUUGUUAUGAUAAUUUUAGAUAAAAGCAACAAAGUAUGACGGAAAUUUAAAUGCGGCCACUUUAGGAUCAACUAAAUCUGUUUUAUAUUUUAAUGUGGAGGAUUCAGACUUGUGACAUGCUGAAUGUUUUGUUGGUUUAAUGUUGAUAUACUUGACCCGAUUUUUUUUCCCAACCUGAGAUUCCCUGACCCACAAGCACUUUAGGUUUAACUGGUUUAAAUGGAAACUGGCAGUGGAAAUUAUACUAUAUAUCAAAAUGUAGCAAUAGUGACAUUUGUUUUAGAGAGACUAAUAAAUAGAAUUGAAAAGAUUUCAUGGAUGUUGUAAGAGCAGACAGUGAGGGUUACCCUCGUGUGCCUUUUGCGUGUUGUUUAACGAAGAAAAUGCAGAGUUAUUACAUAGACAUUAUAUAUAUAUAUAUAUAUAUAUAUAUAUAUAUAUAUAUAGUCUAUUAAUAUACAUUUAUUUUGGAUUAUCUGGAAUUAGAAAUUCUUUAUAGCCUUACUUCAAGUUUACGCUAAUACAGUUAAUACAGUUUUAAUUUAAUGACAAGUUAAAGUAUUAUAAAAAAGCAGCAGGUGUUUAUAAUGAUAAUAUUGCACCAAGUACGAUUGCACUUUUCUAAAAUGAAGUCAGUUUGGUAGAUAGGCAUAAUGUAAAUAAUUAAGUAACAUUAAUUUAUUUGAAAAAGCAAAUAUAAAAUUUUUUAUUAAAAUGACUGAUUGUCAGUUACAUAUGUUUUUUUUUGUUUUUUUUGUCUGACAAAGUGGACAGAAACUACUUAAGCUACCAUUACCUAAGCCGCUUUUCCACUGUGGGGGCGAAUGGUUGCAAGAACGGUAAGGAACAGUUCCAGUUAUAUUUCCACUUGAACUUGGUACUGCAUGAUUACAAAUCAUUCUCGGCUAGGAAUUCAAAAAAACCGUGCUGGUAGAAUGCGUAGUAACGUGGCCACUCGGGAUUGGUCACUUGUCUGUUGCCUGGCUGCCAGUUUCACUGUAGCUGUCCAAGCGCACUAUUUGAGCGAAGUUAACGCAAGUUAAUGAUAAAAUUAAAAGAAAUAUAUGAUCAUCCUCUAAAACGUAGUCGCUAUUUACAUCUCAGUUUACACAAAGGCAACGAUUUACACAUUGGUGUUACAUUCCAAAGAGUUAUCAGCCCCGCAGUGAAAUAAACCAUAUCCAUACCGGCUGGGCCGGAUCGGCACUGAAUGGAAUGGUUAAGCAACGAGAACACUUUGGCCUGACGGUGGAAAAGCGGCUCUAUAUUAAAUUGUAUGAAGGUCAGUUGUUGAGAACAGAGCUAUAUCAAUAAAUUAAUUGCCAUUUUUAUGGAGCUUAUCUCUUUUAAUGAUAGUAAAAUAUUAAUUUAACCUAAUCUGAAGUUAAACUAUUUACAAAAAAGGCAGGAAGAACAUAUUAGGAGUAUGCAUUUUGAACUGAAAUAGGCUUGAUUUGAGAAAGCUGCCCUACAUCUUCAAUUACAUUGUGAGCAGUAUCUUCAACAGCAAAACAGCAAGGCCUCAUUGGUAAAUGCACAGUUGUUCUGUCCUUGAAAGUAGCCUUGCUUUUAAGGCAGCAGUGCCAUCAUCUAUUCUUUUCCAAAACAAGCUCUGAAAUACUGCAUCCCUAAUCUUAAUCCCAUAUAUUUACAGUGAGUGGAUCUGUUUUUAGUCUGUCUCGAUUUUUUUUUUUUAAUGUAAAAGUCUGUAUUUAGCAUAUUGUGUUAUUUGAAUAUCUCUCAGACAAAUUCUUUAAGAUGGUCAAAGUGACAGGUUCUUUGUGUACUUUUACUGAGAAUGCACAGGUUACCAGUGGUGGUCAAAUAAUUUACCUCUAGGGCCUCAAAACGACAGUAGCCUUGAAGAUCAAACUAGAUUAUUGGUUAAAUAUAUACAGUUUAAUACCCAAUUCCACCGGUGUACACAAAUGAAACCCACACUGAGACCAAAAUCUUUUUUUUUUCUUUCUAGAAGGAUUAUGUUAAAAUGGGCUGAAUCUGUACUGUACGUCCUAUGGUGUGGAUAUAUUUUCAUAUUUGAAAACGUUUUAUUUCAAAUACCUGGCCUUAGUAACAAGUACUAUAUGGUCUUGUUAAUUAGCUGUGAUUUCUUUACACAAAAUAGUUUUGUGUCAAAGAUGAAUGCACUAACUUUAAAUAAUAUUUUUGAAUGUAAAAGUUGCUUUGCUGGAUGCUGCUUGAACAAAACAAAGAACUAGCAAAAUAUGCACAUGGAACAGUGAACCUCAGAAAAUGGGUCACCGAAAGAACAGUGGUUACAAUCGUGAGUGACUCAUGACAAAAUAUUACGUUCAGCUGUUGCUGAUUUUAAUACAAAAACAGAACUCUCUUAAAAAUAAGAUUCAACAACUUUGGUUUGCAGAGGGCUACCAAACUACACACUGAAAACUGAAUACACUACAGACGUAAGGAGUCCUCCUUUACAAUGACUUGAAAUGCCAAAAUAGAAGUCAAAACAAAUGGCGUAACCUGUACAUAUAAAUCAAAAUAGCUGACGUGGUCAUUUAUGUGAAACGCUUUCUCUUCAGGAAGUUCUAUGGUCAUUGUAAUUCUAAUUUCCUAAAGGUAAAAAAAAUACUGCAAAGUUAAAGUACCUCUACGAAUCUCUAUUAGUUCAAUUUCAUUCCACAUCAAAUGCAUCAUCAUGUGAUGGAUUCAUUUGGCCAUAUGUCAUGUAUACGUAUCCAUCUUUGCAUGUGACCUUAUUAGUUAUACUCCUGAAUGUAAUCGUUUAAUGAUCAGAAUUAAAACAAAACUAUUUUAAGAAGAUAUAUUUGAAGCUAAUUGUCUUUAUGGUACUGAAAUAUGCAUAUAUUAUUGGGCUUGGCUUCUGUUUACCCUAAGAUGUUGUCGAGAAGAUGCUGUGAUAUUUCCUCGUUCUUUGGCGCUGUAUGAAUCUUAGUUCUUUUCUUCUUUAGUGCAAUAUUCAACAUUCUGUCUUUAAAAGCUCAAUGCAAAAGUAGAUUUCUGCUGAUUUACUGUAAAGGGAACCAUCCUGGUCAUCAUCAAUAAAAAACACAAAAAUUUGGAAAA